GCCAGGCUUGCUGCUGCAAUUUGUGCUGCUAACAUCGCAUGUAUUUGGAGGAAAUGGCUCUUGAAGUUAAAUGAGGCUGGAUAAAACACAUAAAUGAAGCAGAAGCUGCUCUGCAUGUGUUAGGGCUAUAUCACCGCAAGCACUGCUGAUCAGCCAGACUUGGUAACUUGUCAUAAUGAAGAAAAUUAGUCUCAAAACAAUUCGCAAGUCCUUUAACUUAAAUAAAAGUAAAGAUGAAAGCGACUUUGUAGUGGUUCAGCAGCCAUCGUUAAGUGAAUUUGGGAAAGAUGACUCCUUGUUUGGCAGCUGCUAUGGUAAAGAUUUGGCUAGCUGUGAAGUCAAUAGUGAAGAUGAAAAAGGAGGCAAAAAUAGAUCAAAAAGUGAAAGCUUAAUGGGUACGUUAAAAAGGAGGCUUUCAGCAAAACAAAAACAGAAAGGCAAAGGCAGCACACCAUCUGUAAGCUCUGCAGAUGAUGACACCUUUUCUUCCUCAUCUGCUCCAAUAACCUUCAAAGAUGUGCGAGCUCAAAGACCUCUGAGAUCCACGUCCCUCCGUAAUCACCAUUACAGUCCAACUCCGUGGCCCCUUCGACCUACAAAUUCAGAAGAGACUUGCAUCAAAAUGGAAGUGAAAGUCAAGGCCUUGGUCCAUUCCUCUAAUCCAAGCCCAGCACUGAAUGGUGUUCGAAAGGACUUCCAUGACUUGCAGUCAGACAGCGUGUUCCAGGAACAAAACAAUGCAUUAAAAAAUACGGAAUCUCAGAACGGGGACUUGCAUCUUCAUAUUGAUGAACAUGUGCCUGUAGUUAUUGGAUUAAUGCCUCAGGACUACAUUCAGUAUACUGUGCCUUUAGAUGAGGGAAUGUAUCCUUUGGAAGGAUCACGUAGUUACUGUCUGGAUAGUUCCUCACCCAUGGAAGUUUCAACUGUUUCUUCUCAAGGUGGGGGAAAUGCUUUCCAUGAAGAAGAGAGCCAGGUGGAUCAGGAUGUAGUCGUUGCACCGGAUAUCUUUGUGGACCAGACGGUGAAUGGUUUGUUGAUUGGUACCACAGGAGUCAUGUUGCAAAGCCCAAGAGUUAAUCACAGUGAUGUCCCUCCACUCUCACCUUUGCUACCUCCAAUGCAGAAUAAUCAAAUCCAAAGGAACUUCAAUGGAUUGAAUGGCACAGAUGCCCAUGUGGCUGAAAGUAUGCGCUGCCAUUUGAAUUUUGAUCCUAACACUGCCCCUGGAGUUGGAAGAGUUUAUGAUUCUGUACAGAACAGUGGUCCUAUGGUUGUGACAAGUCUCACAGAAGAACUGAAAAAACUUGCAAAACAAGGAUGGUACUGGGGCCCCAUUACACGUUGGGAGGCAGAGGGAAAAUUAGCUAAUGUGCCUGAUGGCUCGUUUCUCGUUCGAGAUAGUUCUGAUGACCGUUAUCUUUUAAGUUUGAGUUUUCGUUCCCAUGGAAAAACUCUUCACACUAGAAUUGAACACUCAAAUGGUAGGUUUAGCUUUUAUGAACAACCAGAUGUGGAGGGACAUACAUCUAUAGUUGACUUAAUUGAACAUUCAAUCAGGGACUCUGAAAAUGGAGCUUUCUGCUAUUCAAGAUCCCGACUGCCUGGAUCUGCAACUUACCCAGUGAGACUGACAAAUCCAGUAUCUCGGUUUAUGCAGGUGCGUUCUUUACAAUACCUGUGUCGUUUUGUAAUACGUCAGUACACCAGAAUAGACCUGAUUCAGAAACUGCCUUUGCCAAACAAAAUGAAGGAUUAUUUACAGGAAAAGCACUACUGAAAGCUUAUGGGAAUCUUGCAUCUUGCACUUUGGGAACGACAACAACAAAAAGAGAUUGAAUUACAGUUUACAGACUUUCAUUAUUAUCAAAAUCUUUUGCUGCCAUAAAAAUAUUUCAUUUUUGUGUGUAAAAGAAAAGUAAUGCAUUUGGAUUUAUGUUUAUUUUGGGGGUUUUGUGUAUUUUGGGGGGCUUUUUUUUUUUUUGAAAGAAUGAUCUUAUUUUUAGA